GGCAUAAAAGUAGAUAUUUUGUUUAACUAUGGCAUGGUUGUGGUUUACCACAGGUUAAACAUUUGGCUUAACAACUAUUUGGCUGGUAUGUGGGGAUUUUGAAUUCUUUUGGGGAGAGCUUUGGGUGGGGUUUGACUUUCUUUUGUUUUUAUUUUGCCACCCCUUAAUUGGGCCAUACAUCAAUCCAAAAACUUUCCAAAGAAAAGCCAGUUUUGGGCCAAAUUAGACCCAUAAUGAUUUUGCUAUGGGGAUGUUGGCCACUCUGUCCCAAAAUCCAUAAGAAGUGUUUACUCACCAUAUAUAUCCAUCUUUUCCUAGAUGUCGGACCAUAGUCAUUUGUUUGUUGCAUUUCUGGCACUUUUGUGUUUGUGCCAGUAGUUUGUGCCGUUGCAUCCAUUUUACUAAUUUAUAUUUUUCUCUGACUCCAAACUCUUUAUGCCCUUUGCUAAAAAAUAAUGUCAUCUUUUUGCACAGCCUACCAGUUCCACUUCUGAUAAUGUAGCCUUCUCAAUUCCCUCCAAUGUAAUCCAACUCCCUCCAAUUUCCUCCAUCCAGCGUUUAGAUUAUGGUUGCCAGAUUUUUAGAAAAACAUCUCAACAUGAUUCUACUCUUUUUUCAGAAUCGUAAGUUUAAGAGCACACCAAAAUAAGUAAUUAGUGUAUAUCAUUUUUCGUUUAUCAUUUCAAAUGCAAAAUCCAUCUACAUUUUCUUUUGCAAAAUGUCCAGGUUAACCUGGCAAACACAACUACGCUGAUAAAAAGAAUUACCUGGCAACUCCACUGCAAGGAAGAAAGCCAACGGAAGUUCAGUCGAUCGCAGAGACUUCGGUUGCAAAUUUACACCGUCAAUAUCAAGAUCAUUUGCGCGUUGAACAAGGAAUAGAGGAUGGCUGGCCGUAAAAAAAAAGCCAAACCAGCAAAUGUCAAAACUAGUACCAUGCCUGAAACCAUCACCAUUGAAUCCACAAGUGCUGGUGAAGUGUCCAGGUGUGAAGAUGUCACUCCACCAACACAAGAAAAACUGGAGGAGCAAGAUAAAGAUGUGGCAUGUAGUGAUUCAUCAGACGACUUCCAGUCAUCAGCCAGCAAUGUUAAACAACAGAACAAGAGGCUGUUGUCAGAAAUAAAAACUCUACAGGAGAAGGUUGCCAUGUUAGAAAAUGAACGAGAUUUUCUGCGGACAACCCUUACCACGGCCAUGGCAUCCACUGGUAAAAGCCAACCAAAGAAGAAGCAAGAUGAAAUAUCAUCUGGUUCUUCUGACUCUGAGAUUGGAUCAUCUUCGUCAUGUGCAAUUUUAUCAUCUGCAUCUUCCGAUGAUGAGCCGAAGAAGAAGAAAAAGAGGAAGACAAAGAAGAAGGAGGAUCAUCCCCUCGCCAAGACAAGAGCACAGACACCAGAUGAUGUCUUGCAAAGAUACAUAAACGUCUUGAAGGCCUAUAAAAGCUGCCGCAGCAUGACCAAAGCAUUUCAAAAAACACGAAUUGACCGGAACACGAUGGCGCUAUCUGCACCUCUUGCAGAAAUAAUGUUGAUUAAACCUAAAUUCCUCAAAACCCUCCCGGCCUUUGACAUGGGCAAAGAGAAGCUAAUGGAUUACAUUAAAAGAUGCUCACUAGCAGCAACACCGGAAAUGAAGGAAAAAAUUGAACAAUGGAAAUCAGGAGGGAAAUUACUUCCCAUCACACCUAAAUUCCGUUCAUAAAUGCAUUUUGUGCAUUCUGUCUUUUUGUUUUCCUCUGCCCAUUAGUGUUUACUUACUGUGUAUAAACAAAUGUUUGUGAAUUGUUCUUGAAUGAGGAACUUAAGUUUCUAGGGCAGUGUUCUUUAAAUAUAUACAACCUGACCUGGUUUAGGAGGACCUGGAGUUUUGCUUUUACUUACUUGCUUUUUAUUUGAUUUAAAUGAAACCAUUUUCAAUAACGUGGUAUACUUUAUGUUUAUAGAAAAGCUUGGAAUUUACAGCACUCUUCCAGUUUCCAGUACACAACUUACUGUUUUAUUUCCUGUCUCUAUCACAUGUACUGGUACUAGAUUGUGGUGUAAAAGCACUGAUGGUCCAAGACAUUAAAAACAUGACAUUCAAGUAAUACAUGAAAA